AUGCCGCUCGACAUACUCAUAUGUGCUCCGCUUGACGAAUCCAAACGGCAAAUCCGCCUUCUUCACAUCCUGCCAAGGCACUCCAGCGAUUCUCCUGACCCGCAAUCCCCGGCCAAGAAUGUUGCGCAGCGCGAAGCACUAGUCAAAGACCCCAUCAAGUGCACAUUCAGCCUCAUUUCGCUCAGCAAUCCACCGCCCUUCGAAGCGCUUUCCUACACCUGGGGCAGUCCUGAAGCAGAACGCACAAUCGAAGUUGAAGGCCAUGAAGUCUCGGUCACAGAUAAUCUCUACUCCGCUCUCCAACACCUACGCCAAGAUCGUGAACGCAUCAUGUGGAUCGAUGCGUUAUGUAUCAAUCAAGAUGAUCUCAACGAACGAACCAACCAAGUAGCGCAGAUGCAGUACAUCUAUAGCCUCGCCUCAACAGUGACUAUCUUCCUUGGCGAAGCCUGGGAAGGGAGUGAUGUAGCCAUGGGCUUCUUACAGCAGAUGCACGCGGAUCCCAAGCUUCACUUUGAUCCAUUCCUCGAUCCACAUAUCGAGAUUCAAGGUAUGGGUCUGCAGUCGGAUAUACUGAGAGAUCACCUUAUCAGCUUCUUCUCACUGCCAUGGUUCACGAGAGUCUGGACGAUUCAGGAAUACGUCCUGGCGCAGCAGAUUACCAUACAAUGCGGGGCGCUCUCGAUUAAUGGCGACAUCUUUCUUGCCAUUUUUAAUUGUUUCGAAAUACAUGUUUCGGGAUGCUGCCAGCAGGCCAGUACAUUCUGGAACCACAGAUCGUCGGGGCCAUUCUCGCUGAGCGAUCACAUCGAGGCGGUGCUGCUGAUGAAUGCCAUCAAAACUCAUCGCGCCCAGAUGCCCGUGGAUAUCAUUUUCCUGGCUUCAAAGUUCUGGUCACGCAGGUGUUUUGAUCCACGUGACAAGUUUUACGGUGUUUCAGGCCUUCUUGGUCACGCUGGCAUUCGGGCUGAUUACACCAUCCCGCCGGCAGAAUUGUACACGCGGGUAGCGGUCAAUGCGAUUCGGCAGAGUCGGUCGUUGGAUAUACUCACUUACAUGUGUGGUGAAAGAGAGUCGACCUUUAGCUUGUCUUCGUUCGUGCCAGAUUGGACUGCGUCUCUGCGAUCUGGCGAGUAUGACUGCGUGGCAUUCCGCAUCAUGAUCUUGAGUGCUGGAUUAUACAAUGCGUGCAGGGGAAGCUCAGCUGAUUUCAAUCUCCUUACUUCCGACCAAGCAACUACCCUAGGUGUUGUCGUUGACACUAUAGCCGAGAUAGUGUCGAGUGAGGAGAUAUCGGGGGACGAGGGACCGGAACUCCAGCGCCUGGCGUCUCGAUUUGCAGGCGACCCACGUGGGAGGUAUGGCUCUGGAGGGAAUGCAUUUUGGAGGACAAUGUGUGGAGAUACCAUGCGACAUAACUACAAACAUCGCCGGGCAGUGGAUGCCGACUGCCUUGUUUACGUGGCGUGGAGAAGAUAUGCAGAUUCACAGGACUAUAUGCGUCCCAAUGACGGCAUCGUUGAAUUCAGCGGCUCUUACAAUACCGUAAGGAUCGGAAGGAAGUUCUGCAUCACUAGUGGGGGAUACAUUGGGUGGGUCCCCUUCGCCUCGGCGCCUGGCGAUAUGGUAGUCAUUAUGCCUGGGGGUAAGAUCCCAUACAUCUUGCGGCCGUUUAUUGAUGACGGAGCCGAAGAAGCUGUGGCGACUUGGGAUGCUGGCUGGCCAGAAAAUCCGACAGUCGUCCCACACUACACGUUCAUUGGAGAUGCAUACAUUCAUGGCAUCAUGGACGGGGAGGCUUACGAUGAAGAGAAGCUGGAGCCAUUGAUACUGCAUUGA